AUGAAAGCAUGCGAUAAUUGCUAUACUAGCAAGGCGAAUCGUAGAUGUGAACCUUCCUCUGAAGAUCCCAGCAAAUGUCAACGAUGUUAUGAGCUGGGCCCAGGAACUGAAUGUACAAACAACAUGGCUCGAAAACGGCGUGGACCGUACGCCCCUCAGGAAGAAUACGAUCAACAGCUACAAGUACAUUCACUGCCAGGUUCUACGCGAGAUAGCCAUUUUAGCAUGAGCCCACAUCAACAACUUGAUAAAAUUCUAGAACAUACCAAUCACAGCUCAGGUCCUCUGGAUCCCGAUCAAGCAGGUACAGGCUUUCAAGCUGCUUGGGAUAACAGUGAUGAAUUUACGAGAAGACCAGGAGCUCCUUGGCAUUAA